GAGCCAAGUUUCAUGUGAUGGGAGACUCUCAAGCUUGAAAUGGGAUCACAAGUACCUCAAGCUGGCUAAUUUGGAUUUUCACGAUUUUUCUAGUCAAUAAAGAUAGAUAUUAGCUUGCCGGAUUGGGAGGGUCAACUUCGGACAAGUAGGCCAUUUCCCGUGCUUUAGCGCGGGUGGCCAAGCAAGUAUUUAUUGUGCUGCCCAGUUCUCUGAACUGAAUUCGAUCGACAAGUCUCUAGCUUUCGACGAGCCUGGUCAAGACGAAACAUAACAAUUCAAUGUUGCACACAUCACCGUCUUUUUCGAUAUACCAUUCUGGGGAUGGAUUUCAGGAUGAAGAGGCUCGAGAUCCGAGUCAAGAAGCGCUGGAGAGAACUAUUACCAUAGGUGAGAGCUUAGAAGCCAUAGGUAGUGGUGAAUUCACCUUUAACAAGAAGAGUAUGAGCUUGAUUGUGGAAGGGGAAGAGGAGAAGGAUGAAGCUGUUGAUGGGAUUCAGAGUGGGAGUGUUGAAGAAGAAGCGAAUGAACCACCUAGUCCACCCAUGUACCUUGCUACAGGGCUUGGGAUUGACACUUCUGGUUUUGGUGUUGAUGGGUUCAAUUUAUCUCUGGAGAACUUUGAUGAUGGUGGCGAUGUUGAAGAGUACUGUAAGAGGAUGGUUGAUGAAUAUCCUUGCCACCCUUUGUUUCUGAGAAAAUAUGCUCAAGUUUUGCAGUCCAAGGGAGACCUUCAAGGAGCAGAGGAAUACUAUUAUCGUGCUACACUAGCAGAUCCUGAAGAUGGUGAAAUUUUGCUGCUGUAUGCUAAACUCGUGUGGGAGCACCAUCAUGACCAAGAUAGAGCCUUGAGUUACUUUGAGCGGGCAGCUCAAGCCGCUCCUCAGGAUAGCCAUGUUCUUGCAGCAUAUGCUAGUUUCCUCUGGGAAAUAGAGGAUGGCAAGGAAGAAUAUGAAGCAUCUCAAGCUCGCAUUCAGAUUAAGGAGGAAAAACGUGCAGAGGAACUCGAAAUGUCAACCUCCAAAGAAAAAGUUGAAAUGGUAAGUUCAUCCCAACAUGCAGCAGGGCUUAAGAUUGAUGUAGCUGAUUUUCCUGCAGCUGAAUCCAGCAAAGGCAGCAAUGUUGAGGAGUAUCAUAAGAAGAUGGUUGAGGAUAAUCCUAACAACCCCUUGUUUCUAAGAAAUUAUGCUCAGUUCCUAUGUCAGUCCAAGGGAGACCUCCAAACAGCGGAGGAAUUUUACAUGCGCACUAUAUUAGCUGAUCCUAGUGAUGGUGAAAUCAUGUCACAAUAUGCUAAAUUGGUGUGGGAACUCUAUCAUGACCAAGAUAAAGCAUUGUCCUACUUUGAGAGCGCAGUUCAGGCUUCUCCUGGAGAUAGCCAUGUUCUUGCAGCAUAUGCUAGUUUCCUCUGGGAGACGGAAGAUGAGGAAGAUGGUGAGCCAAGGCACGACUGCAAUCAGGCACUUCUUAUUCACGGAUAACCCAUGAGUGCAGCAAAUGCUUACCUCCAACACAGAAAGGAAGACCAUUAGUAAGUUGUAAUGCUUCAAAGGUGCAAAAGAAUGAAACCAGCACUCACUUCUGUUGGAAGGUUAAAACUUUUCCGGUAAUUUUGGGUUGUUUACUGAAAUAUAGUUCAUCAUUAUUCAGAGGGCUUCCUUAGUCACCUAUUUAUGAAUGUUGGGGUCCAAACCUGAGAAGGUGAAAUAAAAUGAAAUUUUAGCAAAAAGUGCAAUACAAUGUUGUAACAGAGUACCCGAAAAUAAUGAAAUAAAUGAAUUAUUUUAUUUUAAAA